AUGAAGCAAUUCAAAAAGCAGUACAUUGUUGGAUGUCGAGAACAAGGAAUUGAACCUCAUCCUACGAUUGUUAAUCUUCCGGAUGAUGAUGAUUGUACCCAGACUUUAAACUUGGGAGAACUCACUCUCGGAACCAAGAAUGGUAUUGCUAUCGGACAAGCGUUGCACGGCAAUCAAACUUUUACUUAUAUCAAUCUUGCUGAAAGCUAUAUGGGAGACUCUGGAGUUGAUGCAGUCUGUCAAGGAUUAUUACAAUCACGGGUGAUUGAGUCCAUUGAUCUAAGAGGUUCUAACCUGUAUAGGUCAAGUGGAUUGGCACAACUAAUAAGCAAAACAUUCAGUCUUAGAGAAUUAAAAUGUGAGUGGAAUAGUUUGGGUGUUUACGAAACGGGUGUAUCAGAAAUUGCUGAGGCAUUAAAAUCCAACAAGUCCAUUCAAACAUUGGAUCUACGAAAUAAUAAGAUUACUCCCGAAGGUGCCAAUUCGCUAGCAAAUGCAUUUAGAGUGAACAAUACAUUGCAAACAGUUGACCUGAGAUGGAAUUACAUUGGUGUGAGAGGUGGAAAAUAUAUCCUUGAAGCCCUUCAUGACAAUUAUAUGAUCACUGAUUUGAAGCUCACUGGCAAUGAAGUCGACUUUAAAACUCUGCAAGAAAUCGACAAAAUCACAAGAAGAAAUUAUGAUAUGCAAAUAACCAAACAAAAGGAAACAGAAAUGUCCAGCAGGUUAAAGUCAGAAAUUUCGGAGCUGAAUAACGUUCAAAAUAGACGAAUUGAAACUCUACAAACCCAAGUGAUCACACAACAAAAUACUUACUCAAGUCAAUUACGAGGAGCUCACGAACAGAUAUCAGAGUUAGAAAAACAAAAUGUUCGAUUAAUCUCUGAUUUAAAAGAAACAAAGGAAAAUGAGCAACGAUAUUUCAGCAAAAUGAAGGAAUUUGAAGGAAAGAUUCUUGCUUUGGAGCAAAGUCUGGCGCAGGAAACAAAGAACCAUAUUGAAACCAAAAAGAAUCUAAGGGAAACUUCAGACGAAUUGCAAAAGUGUAAAGAGCUGGUGGAGGAUUUGCAAAAAGAGAAAGCUAGAAACGAAACAACCAUUAAGAAGCUCAACGAGCAAUUAACUGUAAAGGAAGAGAUGUUGGUUGGAACCAAUCAAAAACUGUACAGUGCACAAAAUGACAAAAGUGAGUUAAAUGCUCAACUCAUUGAUGCUCACCGCCAAAUUGAGAUUUUACAAAGCAGUCUGAGAUCUCUGACACUCAUUGAACAAGAAUACAGCAAAAUACGACAAAAGAUUUCAGAAAUGGAAGUUGAAAAGGAGAGAGCUCUCAUUGAUCUCAAGAGCAAGUGUGAUGAGGACAAAAUUCACGCAGAGAAGCUUUUUAAUGAAAAACUGCAAUAUGAAAAGGAGAAGUUUAACCAAUUGGGAGAAGAGCACGAAAGGCUGAAGAACAAAUGCAAACAACUAGAAUCAAACCUCACAAAAGCCAAUGAGAAAAUUCAGCUCAUAUACCGUCAACUAACAGAUGUCACCAAUGAGUCAGAACAAAAAUCUCUUUUGAUCAAUCAAUUACAACUAAAGCUGAAAGAUGCUGAUGAAAAUGCUGCUAAGAGUGUUGAGAAGCUGAAUCAAUUAUCUCUUAAUCACAAAAAGGAACUGGAUAAUUAUCAGUUUAAGCUGGACUCGAAGGAAACUCAAGUAACUCAAUUGGAAAAAGAGGUCAGACAACUACAAUUAGAGGCAGUAAGGUUGAAGGAACAGCAAGAUAAAAACUUGUAUACUAUUGAAUCUAGGAUUACUCAAGAACUUAAAUCAAUCAUCAAUGAAAUGAAACGAUAA